AUGCGGAGUACUUUCCGUGUUGUUGUUGCUUUUGCGCUUGCCUUCUUUCUCUUCCUGGUGAAGGGACAUCUGGAAUCAAUUGACUCGCAACGGCAGGCCACCGCGGAUUCAGUGCCACGUUUUGUUCGGGACGACGCUGGCGCACAUAUCGAACUAGUCCCCAUCGGCAGUUCAUCCCCAACUACUUCACAGGCCGUCACCUACCAGAGUACUAAAACUUAUCUACAACCUACCAAUCCGCCCAUAUCACCGACCAAAUUCCAAUCUAAGCAGAUUCCUGUUCAGGUUCCUGGUGCGGAACUGUGGGAUGAUGAGUAUGAGGAUGAGGACGACUAUUUUGAUCGAGAUCUUGAUUUCGGCAUUCCUGUUGGGAGGCAAAGCAAGCCGAAGCCGAAACCCUCACCUCCGAAAAGUGAAGAAAGUGCUAAACCAUUGCCACCGAGACCGAGUGUCUCGCCUCUUGCAGACCGAAUUAUUGUCACUGGGAGGUUUUCUUGGGAGAGCACUAAAAAGCAUUUCACUAACCAGACUCGGAAUAAUAGGUGGCAACGUGCAGUCUAUGUGGUAAAUGACCAAGAAGCUGAAUAUCACGUCCAACAGAACAAAGGCAAGGAGAGCAACAUAUAUCUCCAGUACAUAGUGGACCACUACAACAAACUUCCCCAAUACAUAGUCUUCCUCCACUCACACCGCAAAAGCUACCACGUCGAGUUCGAGGAACAAGACAACGUCCUAACAGUGCAGCGCCUACAGUUAGACUACGUCAAGAAAACAGGCUAUGCAAAUCUACGCUGCGACUGGGGUCCCGGAUGUCCCGAUGAGGUUCAUCCGUUCAGACAGAAUCAGGCUCGCACGACUGAAAUCGCAUUUGCGGGUGCUUGGAUGCAAAUUUUCAACAAUAGCAAUAUUCCUGAAAUCGUUGCUGCGCCUUGUUGUGCGCAGUUUGCUGUCUCGAGGGAACAGGUGCAUGCGCGUCCUUUGAGCGAGUAUCAAAAUUUUCUCCGCUGGAUUAUGGAGACGGAACUUGAUGAUGAGACCAGUGGGAGGGUCUUUGAAUAUCUGUGGCAUAUUAUAUUCGGGCAGGAUCCUGUCUCUUGCCCUUCUAAGGCACAAUGCUACAAGGAUAUUUAUGAUAUGGAGUAUGUCGAGCCUGUUGACAGGUGGGCUGCCUUUUUGAAGGACCUGAAGGAGGACUAUGAUGAAAACCAAGAUGACGACGAUGAUUAUGAUGAUGAUCUAUCUGCCAUGAAAGGGGCUGAGAGGGCUGCUAUGCAUCCUCUUGGGUUGGCUGGACAUGUGCAGGUACUGUGA